ACUUUAUUCACUAAGACUGUACAAUCAUUUAGGUUAUAUGCCACAAGUGUUGCAUUUCAACAUCACCUGAUGAAAUUAUUCAUUCAUGCAGGAAAACCACAGCAUGUGUUUUAAAGGAAUAUGCAUUUUGGUGGUAUUAUUUUACCUACAACUGCCAGCUGUGCAGUGUGGACCCAUUGUGACGUACUCCACUACUACAGUCUGUGGUCUUAAGGGGGCAUCAGUGGUCCUGCCCUGCAAAUGUCAUCCACUAUUUUGUGGAGGAGUGUGGCACAAAAACAGGCGGCAGAGAGUCAGGGAACACAGCAGAUCUCAUGACUGCAGCCUGCACAUAGACAAACUAACAGAUGAGCACACUGGUGUUUACCACUUUGAGAUGCACUAUGACAGAAGCACAUCAGGGAUUACAGUGACUGUUACCGAUGUGGAAAUGAAGGAAGUUGAUGCAGGGGAUGAGAAUCAGACCAAUGUGACCUGCAGCACCUCCUGCAGCUUGGGCUCUCAUAUUAAGUAUGUCUGGUACAAGAAUGGACAGACUCUACAAGACAAAUCCACAGCCUCCAUACUAGUCCCAGGAUAUACCCAGGCCAGUUACUCCUGUGCUGUGAAAGGUUAUGAACGUCUACGCCCCCCUGCAAAGUGUGUUCCCCAUAAAAAGUGCUGGGGUGUGACCUACUCCUUUGAGAGUAUCUGUGUAUUAUUGGGCUCAUCAGUGGAUAUUCCCUGCACUUACGUACAUCCGAACUAUGACACUAUCAACACAACAUUUUGGUUUAAUACACAAAAAAAUAACAAUCACCCAGAAUAUCUCAAUUUGGCUGACGAGUACAAAAAUCACGUGGAAUAUCAUGGAAACAAAAAGAGCAGUUGUACUCUGAGACUGAAGGACAUCAGAGCCGGUCACUCAGGAGAAUAUGCCCUCAGGUUAACAACCAAAGAGGGAGAAACUUACUCUGGAUUACCUGGAGUCAAUAUAUCUGUAACAGCUGUGCAGGUGUUGACCCCUCCUGAAGCAGUGACAGAGGGAGAGAGAGUCACCCUCAUCUGUAAUACUACCUGUACUCUGAGUAACGACCCCACCUUCAUCUGGUACAAGAAUGGGCAGCCUGUGACCAAUAAACACACAACCAGAGACAACAAGCUGCAUCUAAACCCAGUCAGCAGUGAGGAUGCAGGCAGUUACUCCUGUGCUGUUAGAGGACAUGAAACUCUCUCCUCAAAUAUCGCUUCUCUCAACGUGAGACACAAGCCAACACAUGUCUCAGUUUCCAUCAGUCCCUCUGAUGGAAUAGAGGAGGGAACUUCAGUGACUCUGACCUGCAGCAGUGAUGCCAACCCACCAGUGCACACCUACACCUGGUACAUGAAGAGUGGAGCUGAAUCUCUUGUUAGGGGCACAGGGGAGAGCAUCAGCUUCAAUGUGACCUCUGAUACCAGUGGACUUUACUACUGUGAGGCACACAAUGAACUUGGCUCUCAGAACUCUGGUGAUGCUGCAGUUCCUCCCAAAGAGGGACUUGUCAUAUCCAUAGCUGUGACGUCAGGAAUCAUCAUAGCCGUGAUGCUUGCUCUCAUGCUGGUGUUUGUCAGGAGGUAUACAAUGGCAAGGGAAGGCACCAGCACAACACAGGAAGUCCAUUCUGAUAUCCAUGAUAACACGUACACAGCUCUGAACCCCAGGACCAUAUCCUCUGAGUAUGACACACUGCAGAAUGUGAGGGGUGUGAGUGACACAUACAUGCCUCUCCAGGGAACAGCUCAGGACUCAGUGUAUGAGAAUCUGCAGAGAAGAGAGACGCAAUCAACAGAAAUGGAGCUCAAUGAUCUCAGUAAGAAAUGACCUCACCAACCCUGACUCUUCAUUUCUAACUUGCUGGAGUUACGACUGACCUUGUCACUGGAAGCCAAGGCGUCUUCAGAGCCCAGCUCAAGCUUCAGCUUGUGAGACUCUGCAGAGAAGACAGACGCCCUCUACAGGCAUCGGAGACUGAGCUCAAGGAUCUCAGGAUGAAAUAGCAACACAAUAACAACAACUUGUUGGUGUGACAACCUGACUUUGUCACUGGACAUUAAUGCCCCUUCUUCCCACCCUCCACACUUUUAACUUUCUCUGUUAAUGUUUAUAGCCAUGGCAUCAUCAUGGCAUCAUUUGGUCAUUUACACAGACACUGUUUUCCUUUAGCACAGUAGACAUGGUAGACUUAUGGUCUAGGGAUAAUGCCAGUUAGCCGGUGCAGUGUUUCACUUGUGAUGCCAUUAGCGAUGUCUACGUGUGGAUGUGGUCAGGACUGUGAAGGCACAAUGGCUACAUCACAGCAGCACAGGACCUGAAGAGAGAACCCACAUGAGAGAACUGAACUCAACACACUCUACUGUGCUGUCAUCUGUGUGAUACCGUAUUGCUACUCAGGGCAUUGCUAGAAAAUGUUGGCCCUAUGACAGGUAAUCAUUCUGGGGCCCCUGAUUUUGGGGCCCCAG